CAGACCGACACAGGCCUGCUCUGUGGCGCCACCACGCAUGCGCCGUGAAGAGCUAAGGAAGUAAACAAGCAGCGUUGCUCCUGCUAGCACGUGUGGAGGAGACGAUCCAACAACAAACAAACCCACUUUAAUUCAUCACCUCCUCCUGCAGUCAUGAAACCCCCUGCAGACAGUCAGCAGGACGAUCCCGUGCCUCUCGACGUCACCACACCUGCACGAAAAGAAAAGAGGAAGAAGAAACACAAAAUAGAGGAAGAGGAGGUCAGCAUUUCAUCUCCUCCUGCUUCUGAUGGAGAUUUGAGCAGUGGGCACAAAAAGAAGAAGAAGAGGAAAGAGCAAGAGGAGGAAGAGAUGCAGGUUGAAGAAGUAGAAGAGCCUGUGACAGAAAAGAGGAAGAAGAAAAAACAGAAGAAAACGUUGAGUGAGGAUAGCGUCGUCACAGAAACAGACGAGCAUGAGGGAGAGACAGACCCGGGUGUGUCUGUGGAAGCCAACAGCAAGAAGAAGAAGAAGAAGAGACGAGAGGUCAUCGCAGCAGAAACGACAGAAGAGCAAAACAACACAGAGAUGGAGCCUCAGCUGGAAGAGGACCAUGAGGAAGAGGAGGAGGGGGGAGAAGAGAGUGUGCCGAGCAGCAUCUCAAAAAGAAAGACUGUAAAAGAGAAGAAGAAGAAAGUAGGAAAGCCGAAAGACAGGAAGGGUGCCAGGGUUGCAGUGAAAGGAAGAGGAGCGGUGCAUAAAAGACAGAAGGAGAGGAUGUCGGCUGCAGAGGAUUGGAUUGAAUCUUCAGCGUUGGACGAGCUGCAGGAGUACAUCCCCGACAUAAAGAAGAGAUCCCUCAGAGAGAUCAACAGAAUCAUCAAAUUUGAUCUGCAGCGCUUCAGGAAGUUCAAAGAGGAGGGUGUGCCUGUUCGUUGGGGGCGGUUCAGUGAGGAGGAGAACCAACAGAUCAGAAAGAACGUCUCAGACUUCCUGGCUCUGAUCGGCAUCAACUCAGCCACUAAGGUCAUGUUUCCAAAAAUGUUCAGCGAAGAGGCGGAGGAGAUCCAGAAGCUGAGACUCCAACAUCGCUUUGUGGAAAAGAUCUCUGAAGGGAUCCCUCGGCCGUGUCAUCAGAUUCACAUCAGAGCCAGGAAGAUAUAUGAUGAAGGGAACAAUAAAGGAAGGUUCUCAGACGAGGAGGUUCAGACUCUGAUCAAGUUACAGAACAAGCACGGGAACAACUGGAAGAUGAUCUCUGAGAAGAUGGGCCGCAGCGUCUACUCUGUGGAGAAACGCUUUGCCGCCAAUGCUAAAGGUCACGGGUCGUGGAGUCAUGACGAGGAGUCCAGGUUGAAGAAGGCUCUGAAGGAUUACCUGAUUGUUCAGGUGGAGCAGAGUCCAGAAGGUUCUGCUCUGACCAGAGACCAGCUGUGUAACAACCUGCCCUGGGCGGAGAUCAGUCAGAAGGUCAAGACGAGACACUGGAUCCAGUGUCGACUCAAGUGGUUCUCCCUCCUGAAGAACAAACUGGGUUCAGGAGAGAGCACCUUCAACAGGAGGUCAGAAGGACUUCAGGCUAAAAUCCAGCUCAUCAACACGUUGUACAACAUGCGUGUGGACGAUAUCGCAGACAUUGAUUGGGACGAGGUCGCCAAAACUAUCGAUAAAGCGACGCCUGUGUGCAUCCAGAAGAGUUUCCGACGUCUAAAAGUUUCCAGAGUUCCUAACUGGGCCUACUUAUCCUAUGGAGAGAUCAUCGACUUCCUGUACUCCAUAGUGCUUCCUAGCCUGAAGGAGAAGCUGAAUGAACCCUGUGAAGAGGAAGAGGAGGAGGAGAAGGAGGAGAGGACAUACAAGCUGUCUGAUAUCUUCAUCUCAGAGGAUGAGGAACAGUUCGAGGAGGUGGACAACAGUUAGCCCGGCUCAUGGCUGAAAGGACACAAACAUGUAGAGACAUGAAGUCAGGGGAAGUAAUCCCCCCAUCUGAUUGGCUGUCACCUGCCAGUGGACAUUUUUAUUAAUAGAUAUAAACGUGGAUUGAAUUUCCUGCUAAACCAGAAAUGAAAGGAUGUUGUGAUUUUAUUCUAAAAGUCAUGAUGAGCAAAUGAUCUGUUAAAAAAAAAGAUUUAUGUUUUUUAACUUUAUAAAUUCUCCUCGGUCGAGUUUGGAGUCCUCUUUGUUAAAGUCUGAGUUCUUGUCACCAGAGACGAGGACCCCCUUUGAGUUAAAUGUUGUGAAUAAAAAUGAAGACACUUUGAUACUUCUGUGAAUUAAAUGCUGCAAAAUACAGAAAAUUAAAGGACUAGUACGGCAAAAUGAACCCAGACAAAGUGAGACCUGAACAAAGGCCUGCAGCAACAUCAUCAGCUGAGUUAAGUGCCUGGAAAAUGAAUGCAUACGAUUAAGUCUGAAUAUUGGUGCUGAGAAUGUUUUUAUAUUUGAGCUCAUUUUCGUACUUUUAGGAAGUAAUCUGCUUUUCUGUGAACGGGGAACUGAUUUCAAGAUUUGAAUUAAAAGAAAAAAGUUGUCUGGA